AUGCUAAUCACCUCAACCCGUUCGCAGUACCUGCACCGCAAGUCGCGCCAUAACCACCCGACCGUCCAUCUCACCUAUGAUGAAGGCAUCCAGGUCGUUCGUCAAUUCCUUUACUAUGCCUCGAAACACCCGGUCGAAGAUAUCCAGGCGUUCACGCGCCAGUCGGUCCCCAGUCCGCGCUGGGUGAGGACGGAACCUAUCACCAUCCCCGAGGAGUUUCUAUCGUCCGCGGCAGAUGUGCUCGUGAAACAACUGGGCCCCAAGGGUCUCGUACGGGUUGGAGGAGAGAAAUGGUGGCAAUGGCGAGGCCCAGCCGAGGGUCUCAAGGGCGAAUGGAUCGAGAUGCGCAACCAUUACAAUGAGAUGAAGAAGUCCAAUGGCCGCAAUCACAGGAUCAUGCUGUAUAUCCAUGGCGGGGCUUACUUCUUUGGAAGCGUUGAUACCCAUCGGUAUAUGCUACAGCGUCACGCUCGCAAAUUGAAGGGUCGUGUCUUUGCGCCCGACUAUCGCCUGGCACCUCAAUUUCCUUUCCCGUGCGGCUUGCAGGACUGUAUGGCGGCGUAUCUCUGGCUGCUUAAAAGCUACGAUCCCAAGGAAAUUCUCCUUGCGGGUGAUUCUGCUGGUGGUGGUAUGACCUUAUCACUGCUGGUAAUGAUGCGUGACCAAGGCAUCCCAUUGCCCGCAGGCGCGAUUCUCAUUUCGCCGUGGGUAGACUUGACACACUCGUUCCCGAGCAUCGUGGAAGAUAACCCUGGUGACUAUAUACCACCUUACGGAUUCCGAUACAAGCCCUCCGCAGCCUGGCCUCCACCCAAUGCCGACGAGAUCUUGAAAAUCAAAAGCCUGUCUCGAAAAGAAAUCUUCACAGCCAAGGACAUCGAAGCUGCUGGACCGACCACAAAUAAGGAUGACAGAGACACUGCCAUUCGCGGUUAUACACUCCAUGAGAAGAAGACGCCUGCCGAGGGCCAUGCUUAUCCAGGGAUGCAGCAGAGUCCGGACCCGGGUACCCUGCACGCCGAGCCCGACAACAUUCAUGUCGUCCUGGAAGGCAAAACGAUCGAACUGAAAGACCAAAUCCAGAUGUACGCCACAAAUCAGUUGAUAUCCCAUCCCCUAGUAUCGCCUAUCCUGCAUGCAUCACUGGGAGGCCUUCCGCCACUUCAAGUCAUCAGUGGUGGCGGCGAGACUCUUCGCGAUGAACAGUUUUAUGUGGCCCAUAAAGCGGCCAACCCGACAACCUAUCCUCCUGGUGACGUCUACCUCGAUGAAUUUGACCCUGAUCGCGAGACACUGAACAAAUACGGGCCAACAUACGUCCAGCUUCAAGUCUGGGAUGACCUGUGUCACGUCGCUCCCACACUCAGCUUCACUAGGCCGGCCAAGUACAUGUUCCGCUCGAUCUCUCAAUUUGGAUCCUGGGCGCUGGCUCGUGCUCAGAAGACCGAUGUUGAAAUCAUGGACGAGAAUCUCGUUUCGCCAGUCUCAUCUAGUGAAUCGGAGAGUCCAGACAGUCCAGGAGGGACCCUAGGCGCACGCAAGCCGACAUUCCCAGCCGGGCUAUCCGUCGGCAAAGCUGGUGAUCCUCUUCCUGCUUUCGAUCAGUAUAUGAUCCGCCAGCGAGUCGAUAAGCGUGGGCAUAUGUACCAUCUCGACCCGCCGUCAUCCUAUCCCGUACUGGCAAUUCCGCCCGCAAAAGUCGGAGCAGUCAAUCCAGAGUUGAUUCGGAAAUGGCUCGAGGCUAAGCAAGAAUGGGAUCAGAAGUUUUCCAAAGAGAAGCUCCGCGUCCAGAGCCGGCGUAUUAAAGAGAUGGUGCACGGCUUCCAGGAUUUCGAGGGUGAAUGCCCGCCUCCAAGCUCCCUAGCUGCUCGUCGUGCGGCUCCAGGUGUACUUCCAAAGUGGCACGCCAAGAAGAACUACGGAUUGAUGCUUUGGAGCGGCUGGGGUAGCAAACAUGAUGAGCGGACCAUGGAGAGAGCUCACGAAGCAGAAAAAUCCGGUCAGACUACAACCCGCCGCAGUGUGGAUGCUGGACAAGCUGGUUCUUAUUCAAGCAUGCCCUUGAAGAAUCCUCAGCCCGGCACGUCUGGGCUCGGACAGACCGCUGGAAGCAGCUCGACAGACGGCACUGCUGCAGUUACCUGGGAUAGCACCACCGAAAAGAAGCAGUGGAACGGAGAGACUGACCCUGGCCGUCCUUCCGAACCCACGUCCUUGCGUCCACCAUCAGAGCGAAGUGGCGGACCUAUCCUCAUUCUGCCGGGUGUUGACAACCGCAAGUUCAACGAUGAGAACGCAAGCACCAGAGCCCUUUUCCACGCUGCAGGAACUUUGCCCAUGUCAUCUGAUGCAUCCCUACCUUAUUUGAAAGGCCGACCAUCGUCAGUUGGUGGCUCGGUAGCAGGACGCAGUGAGUUCAUGUCUGACAACGGCGAAGAUGCCAGUACUAUCGGCGGCGAAAGGGAUUCGAGUGCAGUCCCUGGCACAGCGCUUGACGCUGCUAGUACCCGUGCUGUUCUAAGUGCGAAGGGUGUCGUGGGCGUGGUUAGCCCUAAUGGUCGAAUCUCUACUGAUACUGCAUCCUUACGCACGAAUCUCCCGGACCCGGAUGCUGUUUCCACUGCUGGAAAUGAAAGUCGAAAUUCUACGUCUCACCGACCGGAUAUGCCGGAGAGAGAAGUGUUCAAAACAGCCCAAGAAGCGCUUUAA